GUGCUAUUUAUAUUUCUUCUGGUCAGAUGGUCAGAUUGUUAGUCAUAUUUAACAAUUUUAAAGAACUGGUUUACAAGGUUUUUUUUAUUUAAAAAAAAAGGGCAUCUACGUUGAUAAACUUCACUCAUCAGUCAACUGCAAAUUUGUUCAUAUUCAAUUUACAUUUCAAGAAACAUUUUAUCUUUGCAAUUCCACCAGUUUUAUUGAAUGUAAUUUAGUUUUAUAUCAUUCAAAUUAAUUACUUAAAGAGCACCAUUGGCAAGAGAUAUGUUAUCAACAUACUUAGUAGAUAAAUUGAUUAAAACUUUUGACAUUACAGUACGCACAUACACAUUUUCACUUCUAGUAAUAAAAAAACAUUAAGUUUAAUUUUAAACAAACAUUUUCAAUUUAUUUUUGCAUAUUAACAUUAUAAUUUGAUUAAUCAUAAAAAUAAAUUGUGAAAAUGUCAACCCUCCGGAAGGUGCCCUCUAUUUCAAACAUACGAAUGCGCAAUUUAUCUGGUGGAUAAAACACCAUACAGGUCAAUAAAAGCAAAAUCAUCCAUUAUUAUUUUUGUUGAAAAUUAUUUUCUUCCAAAAUUAUUUUCUUUGAACAUAUUUAUUAUUUUAAAGAAAGAGACCAUUUUUUAACAUAUAAACAUUGCUAAUAUUAAAGUGUCAAUAUGAAACUUUUUAUUUUUUUUAAAUGCUCAGUUUUUUAAAAUCACUGGCACUAGAAUGUUCCCUCAGUCUAAUUGAGUUUUUAUAACAGUAUUGAAAAAUUAAAUCUAAGAAAAAUGGACAAAAAUAAUACAAUAGCAAACAAAUAUAGAAAUAAUAUUAAAAAAAGUGGUACACAAUAAUAUUACAAAAAUUAGGGAAAGUAGGUUAAGAUGUCACAAAGUACCUACCCAUCCCCCCACCAAGGUUUCUUAUUAUAGACAUUUUUUGACAACAAUCAUCACAUACAUUGUUAGAGUGCUAAAAGCACAAUUUUGAACACAAAAUUUACUGGAAUAUUGAGUGAAGCGUGUCUUUUUCAUUGCCAAGCAAAGCUUCCGAAUUUUCGUUUUUUUCCAGCUUUUUUUUCCCUGCAACCCAAUAUAUUUUCACGUAUUGACUACACUGAUCUUUUUCACUAACCGACUCCCAGACACCUGCUACAACAGAGCACUCUUCCAAGUGGUCAUAGCCCAUUUCACUUUGGCAUAUGGGGGAAUCUGCAACUGAAUAGAUGUUUAUUGAGGUAGUCGUGCCCCAUAGUUGCCCAGAAGCAUGCAACUGCCAUAUCCCUUCUUAGGUAAGAUGGUAAGCUAUUAUUCCUCAGACUUUCCCUUCUCUUUCCUUCCGCCGCUGAAAGCAACUUACCUGACCUUUCAAUUUAAGUGUAUUCGCAAAGUUCUUCUAGCUGAAUGGAACAUUAACCCAAUCUCUGGCUGGUCUUUUUGCGAGCCUUCUCGAGCUAAAGCUUCCUACCUCUAGUUUCCGUGCUAGGCUAAUCCACAGUAGCUGGCAGAAACACUAUUUCUUUUUCAUCUGACUCGGCUUUUUUAAUCAGUGAGAGACAAUUGAUGACAUCAGGGUCCUACAGUUAGAAUCCCCAUUUAAUAUAGAAAUUGCUGCUUGAGAAUCAACUAGGAUCAUUAAUUUAUUUUCAGCUCGGUUGUUAAUCAAAAUGAGGGCAAGAUAAAUGGCCCUGAUCUCCCCAUCAAAGUUGGUUGCAAACUCUACCCACUGGCUCUGAAAUCUUGCCGAUGUGGGAAUAAACCCUGGCUUUUGCAUUUCUAUUUGCUGUUGUAUAAACAUGCGUCCAAGGGGGGGGGGAAGGAUAUCUGGCAGCGAUUGUUUCCAAUGUCAGUGCUUUUAACUCCCAUAUUGGCAUUGUGGCCUUGUUUACUUUGGAAAUCAACCCUAGCAUCACUUCACUCUGUUCAACAUGUCUGAUUCGGAAAAUAUGGUGAGUCCCACUCUUACCCAGGAGCAAGUUUUUUCUUUGAUGGAACAACAGUAUGGCCUGAAUGUGAAGAGCUGUGUGCAGCUGGAUGGAUAUGAUGACAAGAACUACAGGAUUCAGGUAGAUGAUGAUUUGGAUUCAAGCAAGAAUCUCUUCAUUGAAAAACUGCAUCCACACGGUUAUGUUUUGAAAAUUCUCAAUUCCCUCGAUAGCCAAAACAAACUUAUGAUAGAGGGCCAGAAUGGAAUGAUGUUCCAUUUAGUCAGUAACGAUUUCCGUGUUCCAACACCCGAAAAGAACGUAUCAGGUGAAUUUUACUCCUUUCACACUUUUGGAGAUGGUAAAUCUGGAGAUGCUGGUACAGUUCAUAUAGUUAGACUUUUGAAGUAUCAAAUUGGGACAAAACUCAACGAUGUCAAUCCAUGCCAUGAGAUUUACUUUAAUGUUGGGGUUUUAACAGCAAAGAUCGACACCUGCCUUUCUACCUUUCACCACCCAGGUUUUGAAAAUCUAAAUUCAAACUGGGCAUUGUACAAUGCACCGAUGAUAAUGAAGCAUAUCAACGUGGUUACAGAUUCAAAAAGGAGGCAGAUAGUAGAACAACAUAUUACAGAUUUUAAAAAUGAUGUCCUGGCAGCAAUGCCUCAAUUGGAAAAAGGUAUUAUACAUGGAGACAUCAACGAACACAAUAUACUAGUAGAAGGAACUGAAAUAAGUGCUUUACUUGACUUUGGUGAUGCAAAUUGUGCACCGUACCUUUUUGAAGCAGCCAUAGCAAUUUGUUAUAUUUUGGUGCACAGUAGCGACAUAUCUUACGGUAAAUCAUUUCUCAGCGGUUACAACAGGUUCAGAGUGAUGCCUGAAUUGGAAAAAAAAAUACUCAGAACUUGUGUAUGUACAAGAUUGUGCCAAAGUCUAGUGCUUGGAGCUUAUUCUGGCCUGAAGGACCCAACAAACAAAUACAUACUGUCAUCACAAAAAACUGGUUGGCCAAUUCUUGAAAAGCUGUCUGCUAUUAGCAAUGAAGAAUUAAUUAACUUGUGGAACCAAUGAUGAUGUAACUUUCAACUAAAUAUAUAUUAAAUUCACUAAUUUCUUGGUCUGCUUGACCAAUUAAUAUAUUACAAUUAAUUAAGGUUUUUA